AUGCGAAGAAGUUCGGCAUCCCGUCCGAAGGAAGAAACAAGCAUAGCUCGUGAAACCUCGCACGACACGACGGCCCCGACCGGUACACAGCCUGCACCACAGAUCACCGUCACUCCCUCACGCAAUGCGCAGAAGCCUGUUCGUGGGGAUGACCUUCUCCGCACAGCGACAACAGCAAAUGCAUCGAGCUAUGGCAGAGACGCCCAAGCCCCACAUGCUAUCCUACCUUCGCGUCGAACCCGGAGUACCGAUGUAAGCCACAGGCAGCAGCAGCUGGAGGACGAAAAUAUCAGUGCUCAUGACAAGGCGCGGGGUUCGCCGCCGUCGCCUAGUGGCACGAUCGCAGUUGAUCCCGACAACGAUUUUGCUACGGACCGUAUGCAAGACUUAGUCGUCGGCCGUGGCCUGGAAUAUGCCGUCCGGAGUGGAGUGGCUGCUACUUCUGCGCUACGCACUCGGCGAGACACGGCAGAAUCUGGGGGCGACGGCCAAAAUCUGGGCCACGGCAGCCAUGGAUCAGACUCGGACACGUAUCACUCUCAUAGCGAUCGCUCGGACUGGAAGGUCGCCCAGCAACAACAAGAACCGCUAUUCUUCAAUUCGUGGGGUCCUAUACGGCACAGGUUGCGGAAGCCGUUUGCAGAGUUCCUGGGCACGAUGGUCUUCAUGACAAUUGGCCUCUGUGGUUCCAUCACGCAUAUGAGCUCUGCCCGGAAUGACAAUGCCAGCUUGUUGAUGGCGUACCUUGCAUGGGGCUUUGGCGUCAUGACCGCUAUUUACAUCGCUGGUGGCAUUUCUGGCGCCCACAUGAAUCCGACGAUUUCACUUGUAUUGGCAGUAUUCCGUGGCUUCCCCUGGCACGACUUCUGGCAAUAUCUCGUCGCCCAGCUCCUCGGCAGCAUUGCAGCUUCUGGGAUUGCCUAUGGACUCUAUCGUGAUGCAAUCUCAGACUUUGCCGGAUCUAACAUGUCCAUCGCAGGCCCCGCAUUCUGGACAGCACCACGACCCGGCCUUAGCUCGGCCGCAGCCUUUUUCAACGAGUUCGUUGCGACCGCCAUUUUAGCUGGGUCUGUUCUGGCGAUGGGAGAUGACGGAAAUGCCCCACCUGGGGCAGGCAUGGCGGCGUUCGUUCUCGGAUUGCUGACGAUUGCGUUAGAGAUGGCUUUUAGUUACAACACGGGUACUUGUCUUAAUCCCGGCCGUGACUUGGGUCCCCGCCUUGUCACAUGGUGGGCUGGUUUUGGUAGUGUGCCCUUCACGCUCAGUCACCAUUGGUUUAUCUGGGGCCCAUGGGUCAGUACUGUCUUGGGUGGACUGUUCGGCGCCUUGAUUUACGAUUCUAUGAUCUUCAUUGGGGGCGAGAGCCCUGUGAACUACCCUUCUGAAGCGCUCCGGGACCGUUUUCGCCCCACGGCUGACCUGUCGUGGCCAAAGUUGCGAGGAAAGUCAGGGACGGGAAGAGGCAAUGAUAAACAGGGAGAUGCUAUCAGCGAUAAGGACGUUGGCGUAUGA